AUGGUUAAUGAAAAUGAUGAAAUAAAGGAUCAUGAGGUCCCAGUUAAAACCCUCGGGGAGCGUUUGAACCCGUCUAGAAUGAUGCGUGAACCUGGGGUUGUUUUACCGGCCACUACCGUUAAGUUUGAUAUUAAACCUGGGACAUUUGGAAUGCUACGUAAUUUUAGGGGGAUGGAGAAUGAGAAUCCGUAUACCCAUAUCCGGGACUUUGAGAUGAUUUGUGACACCAUGAGUUAUCCGAAUGUCACCAAAAACGAUGUUAGGUUGCGUUUGUUUCCUUUUUCCCCAGAAGAGAGAGCGGAGUUAGCUGAAAAGACUCGUCAAUGGGAUUCAAUGAGGGAGCCCAAAAUAACUAGGAACCCUAUUCAUAGGGUCAAUAGAGUUGAUAAUGGGUCUGAUAUCCUUAGGCGUCUAGAGGCCUUAGAGAUGAACCAAGGGUCAAACCAUACUAUAAGCUGUAACAGUGAGCCCGAAACCUAUCCAUGUACCAUUUGUGGUGAUCAAACUCAUAUUGGACCUCAUUGUACCUUGUUUUACCGUAGUGAAACUACCCGUGAUCAGGUAAAUGAUAGGGAGGACGGGACAUUUCCUAGCCAAAUGACUCCAAAUCCGAAAAAAGUUAACCAGGGUAAUAGGUCAGGUAGUUUUAACUACAAUGAACAUGUCAAAGCAGUUAUCACCCUUAGGAGUGGUAAAACUCUAGAGAACUCGGAAGAACCACCUAAGGAUAAUAGUCCAACUGAAAAACAGACCGAAGUUGACCAAACUAAGUCUAAAGACCCUAAUGGGCCUGAAAGUUCUAGGAUUCCAAGUGAGGAAGAUAUCCCCGAGAGAGUGUAUAUACCACCUACACCAUUUCCUCAAAGACUCGCUAAGAAAAAGCCUAGUACAUAUGCUGAAAUCCUAGACAUCUUUAAGCAAGUUAAGGUGAACCUGCCCUUGUUAGAUGCAAUAAAACAUUACCCAGUCAAAUUUAAAGAUCCUGGUUCUCCUAUUGUCACAUGUGUCAUAGGUAAACAAACAAUAGAGAAUGCUCUAUUAGAUCUUGGGGCUAGUGUGAAUCUUUUACCUUUCUCGGUAUAUGAACAACUUGGACUAGGGGAGAUGAAACCAACUAGGAUAACACUACAGUUAGCCGAUAGGUCAGUCAAAAUCCCACGUGGAAUUAUUGAAGACGUUUUGGUUCAGGUAGAAAACUUUAUCUAUCCAGUUGACUUUGUGAUUUUAGACACCCAACCUGUCUCUAGUCAAGAUAUAAAUAUCCCAAUUAUCCUAGGUCGUCCGUUUCUGGCUACUGCAAAUGCAGUCAUACAUUGUCAAACUGGCCUAGUAGAAUUUUCCUUUGGGAAUCAGAAAAUCUCGGUGAAUGUUUUUAAAGUGCUACAAGCCCCACCGGACCCUGAACACUAUGAGUCCAUAUGCAUGAUUGAUUCUCUAGUUGAGAAUACCUCUACCACUAAUAGUGUUAGCGAUCCUUUAGAGGCGUGUUUGGCCCACUUUGGAGCCUAUUAUGAUGAGGAUAAACAUUUUGAAGAGGUUAAUGCGUUGUUAGAUUUCGCGGCAGUAAUGAAUUAUGGGAAAUGGCAACCUAAACCAGAACCUCUUACACAUACCAUAAAUAAACCCCUCCCAUCAUCAGUUAAGGCACCCACCCUUGAAUUAAAGCCACCACCAGAUAUACUGAAAUAUGUAUUCCUUGGUAAUGAAAAUACUCUUCCUGUCAUAAUUGCCUCUGACUUAGAGCUCGAUCAGGAAAGUAGACUAGUUAGUGUUCUCCGAGAGCACAAGAAUGCAAUAGGGUGGACCAUAGAAAAUUUGAAAGGAAUUAGUCCUGCUGAUUGUAUGCACCACAUCUACCUAGAAGAAGGUGCCAAAACCUCAAGAGAAAUGCAGAGACGUUUGAAUCCUAAUAUGAAAGAAGUUGUACGCACUGAGGUUCUCAAAUUGUUAGAUGUGGGUAUCAUAUACCCCAUAUCUGAUAGUAAAUGGUUCAGUCCUGUCCAGGUUGUCCCAAAGAAGUCUGAGAUUACAGUAGUUGCGAAUGAGAACAAUGAAUUGAUUCAUACCCAUGUGACUACCGGGUGGAGAGUUUGUAUAGACUACCGUAAGUUGAACUCAGCCUCUAGGAAAGACCACUUUCCUUUUCCAUUCAUCGACCAAAUGUUAGAAAGAUUAGCUGGCCACAACCAUUAUUGUUUCUUAGAUGGAUAUUCUGGUUAUAACGAAAUCCCUAUAGCACCGGAAGCCCAAGAGAAGACAACCUUCACAUGUCCAUUUGGUACUUUUGCUUACAGGCAUCUUUUCUUGUCCAUGCUGGAUUUUAUUGUCGUUUCAUCAAAGACUUUAGCAAGAUUGCCUUACCUUUUGUCAAACCUACUUGCUAAAGAUACUACCUUUGUAUUUGAUGAAGCCUGUGUUCAAGCUUUUGUGAAGCUAAAAUCAUUGUUGACUUCUGCCCCUAUCAUCCAACCACCCAAUUGGAACCUCCCAUUUGAACUCAUGUGUGAUGCGUCUGAUUAUGCGGUUGGUGUUGUUCUUGGCCAACGACGUGAUAAAGCACCUAGUGUGAUUUAUUAUGCUAGUAGGACCCUAAACGAUGCCCAGUUGAUACAACCAUCGAGAAAGAAAUGGUCUAAGGUCAUAGUCUAUUCUGAUCAUGCUGCGCUCAAAUAUCUCCUUUCAAAGAAGGACUCAAAACCUCGCCUGAUUAGAUGGGUAUUGUUGUUCCAAGAAUUUACUCUAAAUAUUCGUGAUAAGAAAGGGUCUGAAAAUGUAGUAUAUGACCAUUUAUGUCGUAUCCUUGAUGAGACUAGAGAUGAUGAGAGGCCGAUCCAUGACACGUUCCCUGAUGAACAGUUAUUUUCCAUCUCUGUGUUACCCUGGUUUGCUGAUAUUUUCAAUUAUUUAGUAACUGGUCAAAUGCCUGACCAUUGGUCUAAACAGGAUAGAGCUAAAUUCUUGUCUGAGGUAAAAUACUUUUUCUGGGAUAAUCCGUACUUAUUCAAAUAUUGCUCUGAUCAGAUCAUCCGUCGUUGUAUUCCUGACAACGAAAUCUCCAGUGUCCUGACUUUUUGUCAUUCUGGAGCUUGUGGGGGUCACUUUAGUUAUAAGAAAAUAGCUGCAAAGGUUUUUGCAUUCCGGUCUUUAUUGGCCAAUACUGUUUAA